UUCGCUUCCGCCACCUUGACUACACGCAGCGCACGUAAAAAGCAGGGUUUUUUUUGUGGCGAGGAUUGACUUGACAGUUUCCACUGUUAUAUAAUUUUCUUCAAGCUGGUCCUGAGCGUUGUGUCACUUCUUUAUUGUUGCUUCUUCUGAAAGCCGUUCAGAUCGGAAUGGCUGAGCCGAGCGCCAGAUAUCAGCAGCUUCCCAAUGUGAAUGAUGCUGAUGGGACUCCACAGGUAGCUGCUGACGCCCCACCUCCAUACAGCAGCAUCACAGAGGACAAUGCUGCCUACUUUGACUUCAAAGAAGACGGGAGUUUCCCCAAGCCUCCGUCCUACAACGUGGCGACCACGCUACCUUCCUACGACGAGGCGGAGAGGAGCAAAACUGAGACAACCGUUCCCUUGGUAACUGGAAGACCUCAGCACAGGGAACGUCUGGAGACUUUUGACGAUGUAAUUCGCAGUUCGCUGGAGGAUGAAGACUUUGUGGCCAGGGAUGAUUUUGAAGAUGCAGAUCAACUGAGGAUAGGGAAUGAUGGCAUCUUCAUGCUCACCUUCUUCAUGGCAUUCCUGUUCAACUGGAUCGGUUUCUUCCUGUCCUUCUGCUUGACCACUUCAGCGGCCGGCCGCUACGGGGCCAUAUCUGGCUUUGGUCUCUCCCUUAUCAAAUGGGUCCUCAUUGUCCGGUUCUCCACAUACUUUCCUGGUUACUUUGAUGGUCAGUACUGGCUGUGGUGGGUGUUCCUAGUGUUGGGCUUCUUGCUUUUCCUCAGAGGUUUCAUCAACUACACCAGAAUUCGCAAGCUGGCGGACACCUUUAGCACGAUGCCCCGUACCCGAGUCCUUUUCAUCUACUGACCUUAGACACAAAAAAUAUAAAAAUCAUUCCUCUGCUUGACACGAUGAGGAUGCUUAAUCUUUGUCCUCUUUUUUUGUUGUAAAAGCUAUGAAACAAUCCUUGUUAGUGUUGACUUGUAAAAGUGCUUAUUGCUGAUUUAUGAAGUGAAGUUUUCUGCCUUAUUUACUGUGGCAUGCACUGCUCCAUGCCACCAGAGGGCAGUGUUGUUUGUAAAAUGUCUGGUCAGAUCAUUUGUAUUGGCCCACAUAAUAAUAAAAAAAAAUGAUACAUAGCUUUUAACCUCUUUUAAUUAGCAUGGUUUUGGUUGAUCAGGUUGUAUAAUGAGCUGGUGUUGCUGCAAGUGUUUGUUGCUUUUUAUUGUACUGUACACAACUAAAGGAGCAGCACUGCAUUAGGGAGGUUAAACCUAUAAAAACUAAUUAAAUCAAAAGAAUGUAUGUCUUGUUAGCAAUCAAUGACAUUAUUGAAAUGAUGCUGUUUGACCACAAGUUUGCUUUGGUAAUUAAAGUGGGGUAAAGUGUU